AUGACUCUAUUCGGACGUAGGUGGCCCGUACCUCUUUUUGGAACUAUGAAACCUUUCAUUAUUGGAUCGCUGGUUGUUUUAUAUGGUCUUAACAAGAUUGAGGAUGCAGGACAAGCUACUCCUCCGUUUGACUUGGAUCCUCGCAAUCCCCGAGACGAGGAAACGCGAGUAAAGGCACAAAGGGUUAUUGACGCUCAAUUUGAUCUCGAAAUACUUCUACGCCACCGCGAAUUACAAAAAAUUAAAGAAGAGCUAAAGAAGGCCGAACUGACCCUCGAAACUUUGAGGCAUUGCAUUCUGGAACCUACCCCUUCAAAUGCCAAUAAAGAUUCGACCUGCAGUGCAAAAACUUUCAAUAAAGUUUCUGAAAUUCCUUCGACACGACAUUCGACACGUAAAAUUUACUCUACCAGAGACAACGAUUAUUUUUAUUAUGAUCCGUGCAAAGAUUUGUAUUCACGAAGAAAUGAUGGAAUCUUUGUUAGAUUAUCAUGUCCACAGUGUAAUCGUGCCAAAUUCAUCAACGUUCAAGGUUUUCUUAAUCACUGUCGACUCUCACAUAAAAUAGAAUUUCCCAACCAUGAAGAGGCUCUUCUUAAUUGUGGAACUCCGGUGGACGAAAGUUUGAUCCCCCCGGAGCAUCCUGCAAGAUCGAGAGUUAUCACGAGACCUCCAUCACUUAGAACAAUAUUAGGGCAAACAAAUCUAUCGAAGAAUCUUACAAGGGUAUGCCCUAAAAUUAAAGUAUUCGAGGAGGAAAUUGAUGUUGGAUUGGAAGAGUCGUUACACAAAAAUCAAGAGAGCGCUUUUAAUGUUGAUUCACACAAUUCGCGUUCGCUCGACAAUCAGGAGUCGUCAACAACAUCACGUUGUUCAACCGAUCAAAACCAAUUCAAUAAAACGAUCGAGAACAUUGAAUAUAAUUUACCAGAAAAAUCAUUUUUGGGAGGUCACAGAUCUUCAUUUGGUACUAUGGAGAUUCAAAGGGAUUCUGAAGAUGGACCAAAUGAUCAGAUCAACACUCUCAUGGACAUUGACACUGAUAAUACUGAUAAUUUAGCUGCUGACACGUCCUCAAAGAAGCCGCGACACGAAUUGUCGAAUGACAUGGUCAUAAGUAAUGCAAAUAUGCAAAAAGAAAUUACUACAAUAUCCGCAGCUUACACAAUUCCGGCACGUAAUAGUGUUUUUGAUCCGAUAGAUCACGGGUCAAGGUUCUACGUUAAAAGGCGCAUUGUCGUUGGGAACGUUUCAAAAUGGAUCGCUCCAGAAAAAAGGGAUCCAAACUUAUUCAAGUAUACACACAAAUGGAUGGUUUAUGUCACUGGACCUCCUUAUGAUUUGAACAUUUCUCCCUUUAUACAAAGAGUUCGUUUUUUCCUCCAUCCAAGUUAUCGCCCUAUGGAUAUAGUUGACGUAACCGAACCACCUUUUCAACUUAUUAGAUAUGGAUGGGGUGAAUUUCCUAUAAGAAUACAGCUGAUAUUCGUGGAUAAGAAGAACAAGCCCGUGGAUGUAAUUCAUGUACUUAAGCUUGAUGAAGCUCACAGCGGCAAGCAACGACUAGGUAAUGAACGUGCAUUUGACCUAGAAUUGGAUAGAAAUACACAUUUCGUUUCUCCUAGAUCGAAAAAUCAAUUGUCACAUACGGUAAACAAAGUCCAAGAUCGUCCACAACAAGAAUUAUCCGAUGUGAACCAUUUUGAUAUUGGCAUUGGCAAUGAAAGUUCAAUGAAUAAAGAACAGAAUGACAAUUUUGAGUCCGAUGACUUGAAAAUAUUGGAAUCAUUAUUGAUUGAAGCAGCUCAGCAAUAUCCAUUGAUCGUUUCCUCAUCUUUACUAUUUUCACAUUCAUUGACCUUUUCUUAUUCAACUGCAACAUCUGCGAGGAUGUUCCUUGAAUGGGAUAGUGAACAUCGUAAAAAAACAGAGUUACAUAGGGCUCGUUUAAUACGCUUAUAUAUUCUCUCAUUAGCACAAAAAAUGGGCGAUCCAAGUGUCAUGCAGGCCGCGGUUUCCGUGACCACGAAGCAAGUUAUUUCCUGGUGCAGGGAUAAAGGAUACACUCCACUAGAUCGUGAUUCUACUUAUUCAAAUUCUAUAACAAACGAUAUUGCUUCGAGUUCUCACCUGUUUGAAAAAAUUCAUCCGACAACUACUGCGCCAAUAAUUCCCACUUGGUGUAAGUGUUGUGGUUGUCCAGAAUCUUGGCAUGAAACUUCUAUUUCCAACUCAACUAAAAAUGUCGCUGUGCCUCUUCUCCCUUACAAAUGCAAGAGAAGGCCUCACUUUCUAGACACUAAAAAGACAAGGCUGCGGAGCUUGACGAUUGCGCAAGAUUUCUUAGGCGAGCUAGUUGAAGUUGAUCAAGUAGGUGAAGAGGCAAUAAAUAUUGAGGAUAUUGCUACCGACAGACCUUUCAAUAAUUCAUCUCACUUGAAUGGUAUGCCAAGUAUUGAUUCAAAGAAAGAUGUAAAAGAGUUUGGGGAUUGGUAUAAAACGGAUAUGACGGAUGUAUCUGACCCUCAAGGGAUUGAUUGGAUCUGGAGCGUGAUUGACCAACUUAAAUUGAGUGGUGUGAUGGCUACUAAAUUAAUAUGCGACAGCGGCGGCAAGGUUCUAGUCGAAAAUGGUGAUGCUAACAUUGCUAUAAAACAGCGCCUGGAAACCGGGAAUCUAAUAUUUCAGUUGACGAAAGUAUUUUUAAAAGACUUGAUAAACAAAUCAGUAAAGAUUUAUAAUGCAGAACUACUCGAUGAUCAAUUUGCUCCUGAUAAUAGAAGCUUUAACAAUUUUACAUUUGAUACAUAUUUACGACGGUCAAGAAAAUUACUUGUCCCCUAUCAUUUGUAUCAGGCAGUGCAAACAAAUUUGGACACUUUUGACUUUUUGAAUGGUGAGGGCUUGGCCUCCGACAGAAAUUACGAUAAAUCCCAAAUAAAGAAAACUGAAACCCUUUAG